ACAGCAUAGACAAAAUCCAUCCAAGAUCCCUCCUUGUAAGAGAGAGAAAAUCAGUGUCCUACAGCACCCACCAUGGGAACCCACCAAGCACUUCUUUUUGUUGAGUUUCUCCGUCCUAUAUAUGACCCAUAAGCACACACAAAGUUUCAUUCACAUUUUCUUUAUCUCUUUCUCAGCUUUUAGUCUAUUCAUUCUUGUAUGGGUUUCAGGGUCUCUACUCUGAGCUUCCUCACCCUGUUCUGCUGCCUCUUGUCCCUGCACCAAGCAAGAGCUGCAAAAUUCCACAAUGUGAGUGGCUUGGGAGGGAAAAAGGCAGUAAUAGCUAAUGGGUGCAAUUUUUUCACGGGAAGUUGGGUGGUUGACCCUUCUUAUCCUCUCUACGACUCUUCAACCUGCCCCUUCAUUGAUCCUGAGUUUGAUUGCCUAAAGUAUGGAAGACCUGACAAGCAGUACCUCAAAUAUGCUUGGAAACCUGAUUCAUGUGCCUUACCCAGGUUCGAUGGUAAGGAUUUCCUGAACAGGUGGAAGGGUAAGAAGAUAAUGUUUGUGGGUGACUCGCUGAGUCUCAACAUGUGGGAAUCGCUAUCCUGUAUGAUUCACGCGUCGGUGCCAAAUACCAAGAGCAGCUUUUUGAGGAAAGAAUCACUGUCUACUGUAACCUUCCAGGACUAUGGAGUAACUAUACAGCUAUACCGCACCCCAUAUUUGGUAGACAUAAUUCGAGAAAAUGUUGGGCGAGUCCUUACAUUGAACUCCAUUGUUGCUGGAAAUGCGUGGAAAGGCAUGGACAUGUUGAUUUUCAACUCCUGGCAUUGGUGGAUCCACACUGGAAGAUCUCAGGGAUGGGAUUAUAUCAGAGAUGGACCCAAUCUGGUUAAGAACAUGGACCGUUUGGAGGCAUACAAUAAAGGAUUAAGCACUUGGGCUAAAUGGGUUGAUCAGAAUGUUGAUACCACCAAAACUAAAGUCUUCUUUCAAGGCAUCUCUCCAACUCAUUAUCAAGGGAAGGAUUGGAACCAACCAAAGAGAAGCUGUAGUGGAGAAAUUCAACCACUGUCUGGAUCAACAUAUCCAGCAGGUCUACCUCCAGCAACUAGCGUGUUGAACAGUGUAUUAAAGAAGAUGAAUACUCCAGUUUAUCUGCUUGAUAUCACACUGCUUUCACAAUUAAGGAAGGAUGCUCACCCUUCUGCUUAUAGUGGGGAUCAUGCAGGCAAUGACUGCAGCCACUGGUGCUUACCAGGAUUACCUGACACUUGGAACCAGCUCCUAUAUGCAGCUCUCACCUCAUGAAGGUGAAACUCCACACAAAUUAUUGACCGUUUUCUUCAUCCCUUGGUUAUAUAUUCAGCUAGUGUAAGAGAUUUACUUGAUUGUUUGGGGGAUAGAUACUGUCAGAGGGGUAAAAAUCAAUUGUAAAACAAAAGUAUAGGAUUCUUGAAGAAUAAUUUACUAAACAAAUAAGUCAGGGAUCAAAGUGUUGCAUACCUAGAUAAGUAUUUUCUUUACAAGGGUGUAAUAUAAUUUUAUUGAAUCACAAAAUGAUGUUCAACUCUGUCAAUGAUUGAUACAUACUUGUGGAAGCUACAAGUUUGUAACUAGAAACUAUUUCCUUCCUUCCAA